UCAUCUGAUAUAUUUCAUUGAAUACUGAUUUAGUUAAGGUUAAAUGGCACCCCACAAAGAAGCAUUUAUAGCAAAGUGGACUGAGUCUUUGACCAAUGUGCUUAUAAGUUUGUUGGUGGAAGAGGUGAAAAAAGGAAAUCGCCCCACCUGCACCUACAACAAAGUAGGGUGGAAUAACAUACAUGUCGAGUUCAAUAAACAAACAGAACUCCACUAUAAUGUAGUUCAAUUGAAAAAUAGGGUAAACAAACUAAAGAAGCAAUAUAGUAGUUUUAAGAAGCUUCUUUCACAAUCUGGAUUUGGAUGGGAUAAUGUCAACAAAACAGUUACUGUGGAGGAGUCAAGUGUAUGGGAUUCUCACAUCAAGGAUAAUAUUGAAUGGGCUAAAUUCAAGAAUGAUGAGUUUCCUCAGUAUCCAGACCUUUGUAUUGUGUUUGGUGAUACAUAUGCUACUGGGGCGUAUACAGCAGGAAAUGCAGAAGAAAAUGCAGAAGAGUAUGUGGUGUCGGAUGAAGAAGACAAUGGUGUUAGUGGUGACAAUGGUGGUGGUGAUACCAUAGGUGAUGCGGAGGAAUCUAAUGAAAACAAUGUUGAUACGGGAGUCCUUGCAUCUGACGCGACUCCCACCUCAGUUCGUGAGAAACACAAGUUGAAUAGGACUCCAAAUUCCAAGAGGAGAAGAAAGAGUAAUAACCAUGAACUCGGUGUCAUCAUGAAAGCCAUUCAAGAAAUAAUCAAAUCAAGGACCGUCAAAUCAACAAGUGACUCCAUAACCUCAAAGGCCCCACCUCCUGUAGCCCCACCUCCUGUAGACCCCUACUCCAUAGCAGUUGUGGUCGCCAUUCUAAAUGGCAUGUCUAAUUUGGAGCAGAAUCUUUACAAUAAGGCUGUGAAUCAGGCAUGCCUUAAUGCCACUUGGAGAGAGGCUUUCAUGAUUGCUCUACCCGAAAGGAGGCGUGGACUUAUUGAAUCUCUUGAGUAGUUGUUAAGAAACACGCUAUAGAUUUCUAUUUUGUUUAAUUUCAUCCCAUGACUUAUGUAUUUGAGACUUUGUUUGUUUAUGUUUUUAUGUUGCAAUUAUUAUGACAUUAUUGUUAUUGUUGAUUAAUAUUGGAGUCCUUAUCUAAUGGGUUUAUAUU